AAUGAGGAAUAGAUAUUUAUAUUAAUUAACCCCUACCAGAUCCCGUAGAAAGGAUUCAAUUGAAUCUGAUUUCUCAUCCUAUACAGGAUAAGCAAUUAACACCAGUUAAAUCAAUUAAAAAGACAGACCUAAAUAUUUUGAAGAUAUUGAUAAUCAGAAUGCUCCAUUCAGUCACAACACAAUUAUUUCUUAGUAAAUUUAGUAUAGAUGUAUGAAUGGAGACUAUAUUCAAUUGUGUAAUGAACAUUUUGAAAUGAAAAACAAAUCCAUUUUAGUAUUAGUUAUCAAAUAUAUUUUUAGGUUAACGAAAUUAACAAUCAAAGUUAAAUUUCCAUUUUCUUAAAUAUCAAAUUUGAUUAAUCUGAAAAUUUGUUAGGAGUAUGGAUCUCUAAAGAUAUUGCUCAAACUUACAAUUCUGAUGUACUAUUACUUGAAUGCUAUAUUACAGCCGAUAUCAAUUAAUAAAAUAUUAAACUAAUUAAUUAUUCCAUAUUUUUAGCUGAUGAGUUAUUCAUUACCUGUUAAACGAUAUAAUAAUUCAAUACUUUUCUUACUCUAUUCAAAUAAAUUGGUUUAAGACUUUAAUCUCUUAUUAUUGUAGAAAUUGAAUAAAAUGAAUUGGACAUUCAAUAAAUUAAUGAAUUAAAACUAAUUUGUGAUUUUGUAUCUUUUUCUAAAAAAUUUCCAUCAAAUAUAAUCGAUUUAUAAUGGUAAUAUUAUGACUACAAGCAUGUUAAGUAUAUAAAUUAUUAUUUUAUUUAGUUCUCGAUUAAUCCCUCUUAAAAAAUGGAGAGGAUUUAAUCUAAAUUGUAGAUGUUUCUUUAAAUUAGCAUAAAUCUUAGCACAAUUUGUGUCUAAUUAUGAUAAAAUUAAUGAUAUUAUUAAAGAUGUGAUAUACAAUAAAGUUUUUGAAAGUAUUAUUGAUGAUUAACUAAAUGAAUUUUUAAUUCAAUAUGAAGAAAAUAUUUAAAAACAAAUUAUUCCUAUUUUACCUUCAAUUGAAAUAUAUCAAUUAUUAUUCAAGGAACGAAUGAAAAUUUAAGAAAAUGUUUUUGAAGAGAUGCUUACAUUUAAAGAAUUAUCCUAUUUUAAAUUAAAAUAUUCAUGGUUUCUGAAUAAAAUUGAUUAAUUUGAAAAUGAAUAUUUGAUUUUUAAUUAAGAAAUUAUAGAUUGCUUCCAAUCCAAAAAAAUCGCUGAUUAUUUAAAAGAAGUUUAUUACAAGAAAUUAUUCGAUUAAUCCUUUUUGACCACAAAAAACAUCCAAAAUGAAAUUUUAGACAUUUUUUUAAAGUAAUAAAAACAGAAAUUCUAGAUUAUUUAACAUUUUUACAGAGUAUCUAGCGAAAUAUAACUAUGACUAACUAAUAUUGUUUUUCAAUAAAACAUAUAAGACUUUCCUUACUGAUGCUUUAGAGAAAGUAGUAAAUGUACAUGAAAAAGAACUUAAUAAGGAUUUUGCUAACUUGAUAGAACUUAUUGAAUCUUUACAUUUAUAGAGAAAUAUUAUUGAAGAAAAAGCAUUAUAUUUAACUGAUUAUAUGGAGAUAAUUAAAAAAGAGAUGCAAAACAUGGAAAAAAUAAUAGAAAACAUGUCUCAAUUAAAUGAAAAAUUAACUCCAAAUUAUAAACUAUCUCAAUCAUAUUAAGCUUAAUUACAUUAAUUAGAAGUCAAAAAUUUUCAAUACAAACUUCUAAUAUAAAAGUAAAUGUAAAAGGCUGUAAAGAAAGAGAAAAAACUCAAAAACUAAAAAUGA